UCUCAUGCCCCACCCAACGCGGGCGGAGCUUGAGGGUCCUCGAAGCGGAUCCAGACUCCCUCCCUCAGUCGGUGGGGGAAGGUGGAGGAAACUGUCCGUUUUAGCACAGGGAAUAUCGAAAGCUGUCAUGGCGUCAGGUCUGGCCAGUUUAGCAGUGGUGAUCCUCUGUGCCGCUCUGUCCGGUCGUGUCUUCGGGGGCGACGACUGUAAAGCCUACAGAGAUUCAUUCAACAUAUUUCACGAGAGUCAGGAAUGCAGCUAUGGAUUUUGCUGUGGUGACUGCUAUAACAGAAAGUGCUGUACCAAUUUUUGGGAUAAGCUGUCUGAAGUGAAACAGAGAGCAUGUGACAUAAAGUCCAACUUCAAUUUUAAUGACAAAAGUGACAAGUUCAACGACGAUUUUAUGGAUCACGACUCACCUAUUCCUAUGAUUGUUAGUAUCGUGGGCUCCAUCUUCCUUUUUCUUGUCCUCAUCUGCUGCUGCAUCUGUCCCUGCUGCUGCAUUUACAAGCUGUGCCGCAAGCCACGACCUGUGGUAGCUACUACCACCCACACCACAAUGGUGACCUCUGCUCCUCAGCCUCAGUACCCCCAGCAGCCAGUUUCAGCAUCUGGAUACCACCAGCCGUACCAGGCAGCCCAGUAUCCACCCUACCAGCCCAUGCCAGUUCAGCCUGGCUAUGGAACACACCCCACGCCUACCUUGCCUUAUGCAGGACAGCCAUGUGCCCCAGGACCACCACCACCCUAUCAGGAAGCCAUUGGUCCAGCCUACCCUCCCCAGCAGCCGAUGCCUUACAGCCAGGCGGCAUACAGCCCCGGACAGCCAGCAUACCCCCUACAACCUCCCGCACACCCACAGCCAAAUCCUCCACCCGCUCAAUCAGACUUCCUAGCACAGCCUGCAUACAACCCAGAUUAUGUUGUCCCACCCAAAACGGGGUGAAGUUAUCUGUUAUUAAAACUAUUCUAUCUUUUGCUGAGCGGGAAGGAAAAAAGUGUUAGAUAAGAUAAGAAAUUCUACAGAAAAUGGCUUCCUUUAGUUUGAUGGUAAACAUGGAAAUGUAACGGCUGAACAUUUGUUGUUCAAAUGUCCCAAAUUACAGAAAUAUUGAUGCCUUUUGACUUGUUUUGCAAUGAUAUUCAACAUGUGUAUUUACUUAUAUAUGUACGGUCUGAUUCCAGUUUACCUGUGGCCCCUUUGAUAUCUUGGGGAAAUUAACAUCAAAACAGCUGUUAUAGUUUUUUAAAGAAUAAAGAAAUAGUUUUUGUUUUCUGACCAUGCCUCAAAGAUUUCUGCCUGCCUUUGAUGUCCACCAGUCAAACCUACUGGUUGGACUCCUAAGCAAACUGCUGCAAAUAGGAAAUUUGACUAAAAAGAAAUUCCUUCAUACGUGCUUUAAGCUUCUUUUUUUCUAACCAUACUCUUGUUUUUAUACUGGUGUUAAGUGGGUAUUAGUUUUUAUUGCACUUCUGGGAUACUUUAUUUUUCUAAGCAGUCAUUAAAGGGAACAUUUCAUUUGUCAUCAGUACAGAAAACUUAAAAGCUGUUGUUUUUACAUGUUGAUUUCAUAAUUUUGAGAUUCUGUUAAUUGUCAAAUGUGCAUCUGUGUGCUAAAGUGCAUUCAUUCCUUCCUUUAGCAUUCCUUAUGAGAAAUGUUACAUAUUUAAAAUGUGAGAUGCACAUGUGCCUUGAUAGCAAACUUAUGGACCACGGACAAUGUCAUGCAGUCUGAUAGCUUCAGAUUUUUUUAUUUUGAAUCAAUAUUGUUAAUUUGAAUGAGAGCACCUUAAAAUGAUACUUGUCCUUUUUUAUUUUGUUUAUUUGUUUUAUUUUUCCUUGAUAUUCAGCAUUCAAUUUGGACAUGACACUUAUGUUUUUUUUGUUUAACCACAUUAGAACCCAGAAUUGUUUUCAAUGUUUUCAGCAAACACACUGCUGCACAACUGAUAUGCUACGUUCAGAACACGCGCUAGAAGCAGCUAGUUCACAUGCAAUGGCAAAAGUGACACGCAUCAGGGCGCAGCAAAAGUUCUUGCAGCACGUUUUGAGCAGCAGGGGCAGCGCAUCUUGACACAUCUGAGCAGCUGAAGCAGCACCUCAUGAGCUUCUGAGCAUCUGACGCGUGGGACGCACUAAACGCGCCACAUCAACCAAUCAGAGAAGCUGAUCUGGGGGCUGGCAGGGAGACGGACACAGCACUACUAAUGCAGAUUGCUAUUACGCCACUGAAAUGGUUCAUUUAUGCCUAAGUUACAUGCAGAAUUUUUUUUGAUUUUAUUAUUCUGGUGCCUGCAGUUUGGAUUACGUCCAUGAAAAAAGCCUUGCAGGUGCCGCGAAAAGUGAUAGAAAACUGAAGGCGACCAGGCCAGAGGCUGCUGUUGAAGGGGCUUCCCAGUGACAGUGCACCGCCGUACAGCCGCCAUUAAAAAAUAUAAUUAAAACGACUUUUUACCCUCUUAUAACAGGAAAUAUAGCAAAGCCGCUCUCUGCCAUUGAACACAGAAGCAUCGGACGCAUCUGGACGUGCUUCAGGCGCUUCAAAGAUGCUCUUGAAGCAUGUCUGACCUUAAGGUGUAAAAGCAUCAAAAAUGAAGCAGCAGAAGCUUUUUUGCUGCUUCCAGCGCUUACGGUCUGAACGUAGCAUUUGUUAAGGAUCCUUGGUUUCUGCUUUCGUCUAUUUUGUCUCUUGUCCUUUUGUUAAAUGUUUUUUUUCUUUCUCUGAAAUUUUUUUGGAAAUGUUUCCUUUACUUGUGAUCCUGUUUAAACAGGAAAAGAAAAGUUAUUGGUUUGUUUCUGGUUCUUCUACUUUAUAUCCAUCAAGGUCCAGCUUUAGUUAUUCAACUGGGCCUUUCAGAUUUCUUUAGAUCCCUGUUACUAGGGCAAGAUCAACAUCUCAGUUUUUAGUUUAUUGUCUUCUCAUCUGUAGAAUUUUUUUUUCACACGUUACCCUUCAUUUAACAGGAUUUCAUCUAAUUUAUUUUUUCUUCUUGCAUCUCAUUUAAAUUUAACUUCAAUGAAAAGAUGUAUAAAACAUUCAGCUAAAUUUAAUGUCUUGCAAAAUAAAAUGAUGUCCUCAAUUUGUUUUUUGGCUUCAAAAACAUCACUAUAAUUACAGCUGAUGACGAUUGAUUACGGCAGGCAGAUUUUUACACUCCAUGCUUGUGGUUUCUUAAUCUAAGCAGUUACUCUGCACUGUAUUUGAAAUAUAGUCUUUGUUUUUUUUUCUCUUAUAAUUUCAAUAUGUAAUAUCUUUUAUUGUAGUUUUAUGUGAAAGGAAUGGAUUAUAUAAAAAGGUUAUUAAUAUUUUAAGCCCAUUGGCUCAAAGUGUAGAACCCUUGUUUCCUUGUGAUCACAGAUGCAACCUUUUUUGGGUUUUCCAGCUUUAUACAUCUACAGACUGAAACUUGGGCUUUUCUUCUAUUAAAGUUCAUGCUCUGGCUGAAUAGAGAGUCCAUGAUCAUUGAUCUUCAAAUCUUAAAGAUUAAUUACAUUUUAGCUCGGAAUUUAACUAGGCCAUUCUGACACAUUAUUAUGCUUUAAUAUAAACUGCUGCGGCUGCGUUCAGGGCUCUCAUCCUGCUGGGAG